UAGGUCCUCCGACCUUGCUGCCCAUCUCCCACGCGCGGGUGCAACUGCUGCAGUGCCCAUCAUAUCAAGAGGUCAAAACCGCGGCACAACUUUCAAGUCGAUCCAUCCAUCGAUAUCUCCGAAGUGUGACAUCCUGCUGUGUUUUUCGUCGGCAUUUUUCUCACGACUUUUGACGCCCGGCAAUAAUUAGGGCCGAGACAACCCCCAGCAAAGGAUCAUCAGGCCCCCAACGACCAAUCCGACCCUGGUGUCCCCUUCAUAAGGCAACGACGACGCUGCAUGCGGUGUACAGUAUUUGGUUACACGCUCAGGAUCGGCAGGAAAUAAACGUCGACAAGGCCUGAACAGCAGGGCGAGGAUUAAAGAGUCAAGAUGGUACCGGUGUUUGACGAGCGUUGGGCAAAGUCGGGAAGUACCGUUGUUGCAGACGAUCGCGACGACGCUGAUGAAGCCUUCGCAAGAGCGAGCCCACAAUCCUGGAUGCAGGAAAAGCUUGCCAUGCUGCAGCUCCGCCUUGAGAUCGACGGCGAUCUCACCCGCUUUCAGCCCCCACAAGUGUUCGUCGUCAACAUCGAGGACGGCGCAGUUGGGUCCCUGUUGCUAACGACGACCGAGCUGUUUUACAGUCACCAGGCAAUCCUGAAUUCGGCGGGUUGUUGCCCCAAUGAUUUAUCUAUGCCUUUGCCGUGCGACGUCCUUCGCGGGAGCGAUUUUCGCAUCUCCGAGCGGUACCGUUGCGUCGCGGACAGCAAAGGUCAAGCACAGGGGGGUGUGGGCUUCAUUUUCGAGGGGUUGGACAUGCUCGACGGCAGCAAGGUUGCCGUCAAGUUUUUCCACAAAUCGAACGACCACGCCGCGACGAUGCGGACGAAUAUGGAGCUCAUCACGUGCCUGAAGCUGUACCACGGCCUCUAUUCCCACUGCAUCGACCGGCGCGACAACGUAGACCGCUGCCACCUCGUGAGGCUCCACGACGUCCUCGUUGAUGCGCCCAUCUUCGAAGAACGUAACGCCAACGAAGGCGGAGGCGGCGGCGGCGGUCGGGUGGCAGCCGGUCUUUCCCCCUCGAUCUUUCGGGCAACGGUCAUGGUGUUCGAGUGGGCGGACGGCGGGGACGCCCACUCUCUGGUGCGAGAGGCAGGUGGCGGGAUACCCGCCGCCGACGGCGCGAGGCUGUUUCGGCAGGUCUUGCGGGGGCUAAGGGCUCUCCACAGAAGAAAAAUCGUUCACAGGGACGUAAAGGUGCGAGUGAGUCGCGUCGGCAGGCUUGCUAAAACAGCGCGCACCCGCUAAUCGGUACCGUCGCUGUUGUCCAAGAAACGAUAGAAAAAGUAGGCAAGCAUCCACGCAAGCAGCCCCCCUGCUGUCAGCUCCCGAAAUUCACCCCGAGCUACGAACAAUCAUUAUCAUGAAACCAAGCAAAAAAAAAAAAAAAUGCGCACACGCCGUGGCAUACACGUUUUCUGCAUCAAAGUGCACGGUGCGCUAGCAAGGGAAAAACAGAACAAAAAAAUAUAUGCGAAGCCAAAUGGCGAAGCUAAAACGUACAUGCCUGCCCACAAAACCGAACAAAGUCGUAAACGUUUCACAUGUUUUCCCACUUGGCUGUAACAAGGUGAGGUCGUCGCUGUCACCGUGUCCUCCUCGUGCCCGGUCGACUCGAGGGCGCCACCGCUGCUGCCGCCGCUGCCAUCGCCGCCGUUGCCGUUCCCCCGCCUCCACGACCGUCAUGAGUUCCAGCGCCAACGGCUGCCGCUGACGUCGCUGCUGCCGCCUCUACCACCGCCGCCGUUGUCGCCGCUGCCGCCGACGAGGCUCUGGCCGAAGCUGCCGCUGCCAUCUGCUGCUGCCGUCGGAGCUUGGCCGAAGCCACCACUCCCGUCGCUGCUCCUGCUGCCGCCGGUGCUGCCGCCGGAGCUCUGGCCGAAGCCGCCACUCUCGUCGCU